UCGUCCCUGCGCAGUCUGAGGACCGACCAGAGCGUGGGCUGCUGGGUGGGAACCGUGUUGCUCCUGGGCCCAAGAAGGCAAGCAGCCCCAGCAGCCCCUACCACCUAGGUCCCCGCCAAGUCCCUGUGGAGAAGGUGAGGUCCCCGCCAUGGACCCCGCCUCCUUCAGCGGCGCGCCCCGCUUCCUCGCGCGGCCCAAGGCUUUCGUGGUGUCCGUGGGCAAGGACGCCACGCUGAGCUGCCAGAUUGUGGGUAACCCCUCGCCGCACGUGAGCUGGGAGAAGGACCAUCAGCCCGUGGAGGCAGGCGCGCGCUUCCGCCUGGCGCAGGACGGCGACGUGUACCGGCUCACCAUCCUGGACCUGGCGCUCGGGGAUGGCGGGCAGUACGUGUGCCGGGCGCGCAACGCCGUGGGGGAGGCCUUCGCGGCCGUGGGGCUGCAGGUGGAUGCGGGGACGGCGUGCGCUGAGCAGGCGCCACACUUCCUGUUGCGGCCCUCGUCCAUCCGCGUCCGCGAGGGCGCCGACGCCGCCUUCCACUGCCGCGUGCGCGGGUCCCCGCCACCCGCCGUGAGUUGGGCCAAGAAUGGCCGGCGCCUGGGCGCGCCCGACGGCCCGCGCGUGAGCGUGGAGGAACGGGGCGAUGAGAGCGCGCUGCGCAUCCGGGCGGUGCGGCCGCGCGACGAAGGCACCUAUGAGGUGCGCGCAGAGAACGCGCUGGGUGCUGCGCGCGCUGCUGCCGAGCUUGUAGUGGACAUGGACGCUGGGGCCGCCGGGCCGCCGGGGGGGUCCACGGCCGCGUUGCUAGCACAUUUGCAGCGCCGUCGCGAGGCCAUGCGCUCUGAGGGCGCCCCCGCUUCGCCGCCUGGCGUGGGCACACGCACCUGCACGGUGACCGAAGGCAAGCACGCGCGCCUCAGCUGCUUCGUGACGGGUGAGCCCAAGCCCGACAUCGUGUGGAAGAAGGAUGGACAGCCCGUGGCUGAGGGCCGGAGACACGUGGCAUACGAGGAUGAGCAGGAGAACUUUGUGUUGAAGAUCCUGUUCUGCAAGCAGUCGGAUCGCGGGCUGUACACGUGCACGGCGUCCAACCUUGUGGGCCAGACCUACAGCUCCGUGCAGGUUGUUGUGCGAGAGCCAGCCGUGCCUUUCCCGCGGCGGCUGCGCGACCUGGAGGUGCGCGAGAGGGACUCGGCCACGUUCGAGUGCGAGGUGCCGCUGCCCAGCACGCAGGCCGCGUGGUUCAAAGAGGAGACGCGGCUGUGGGCAAGCGCCAAGUACGAUAUCGAGGAGUCCGGCUCCGAGCGCAGGUUGACUGUGCGCAACGUCACGGCGGACGACGACGCCGUGUACAUCUGCGAGACAGAGGAGGGGAGCCGCACAGUGGCUGAGCUCGCAGUGCAAGGGAACCUGACUCGGAAGCUGCCCCGGAAAAUAGCUGUGCGUGUGGGGGACACAGCUGUCUUCUGCGUGGAGCUAGCUGUCCCGGAGGGCCCUGUGUGCUGGCUGAGGAACCAGGAGGAGGUGGUGCCUGGUGGCCGCGUGGCCAUCAGUGCAGAGGGCUUAUGCCACACAUUGACCAUCUUCCAGUGCACCCCGGAGGACAUGGGCGAGGUGGCCUUUGUGGCUGGUGGCUCCCGCACAUCCACCCAGUUCUGUGUUUCGGUCCCCAGGAGGCCACCCGUAUGUCCCCCCAUGGACCCUGUGGUGAAAGCCAGGACAGAGAGCUCCGUGACCCUCAGCUGGUCUCCUCCGUCCUAUGGGGACUACCCUGUCACCAUUGAUGGCUACCUUGUGGAGAGAAGGCGGCUGGGCACCUACACCUGGAGUCGGUGCCACGAGGCUGAGUGGGUGGCCACGCCUGAGCUCACAGUCACAGGGGUGGUGGAGGAGGGCGAUUUCCAGUUCCGGGUAUCAGCAGUCAACAGCUUCGGCCAGGGUCCCUGCCUGGAGUUCCCAGGAACUGUGCGCCUGGCCCCCCAGUUGGCCAUGAGAACACCCCUGCAGGCAGUGGAGGCAGAGGAGGGUGGUGAGGUCACCUUCUCUGUGGACCUCACGGUGGCCUCCGAUGGCCAGUGGUUCCUGGAUGGGGAGGCCCUGAAGGCCGGCAGCAUGUUCCUGAUCAGUCGAGACCGCACCCGGCAUGUGCUCACUAUCCACGGGGUGCCUGCAAGCCUGCAUGGUGCACUGCUCAAGUUUGUAGCCGAUGGCAUCGAGAACAGCAUCCAGGUGGCUGUCCGAGAGCCCAAGGCAGUGUUUGCCAAGGAGCAGCCAGUGCACAGUGAGGUGCAGGCAACGGCGGGGGCCAGUGCCACGCUGAGCUGCGAGGUGACCCAGGCCAAGACGAAGGUGAUGUGGUUCAAGGACGGGAAGAAGCUGGGCACGAGCUUGAGGGUGCGCAUGGAGGCUGCUGGCUGCAGGAGGCAGCUGGUGGUGCAGCAGGCGGGCAAGGCGGAUGCUGGGGAGUACAGCUGUGAGGCUGAGGGCCGGAGGAUUACCUUCCACCUGGAUGUCACAGAGCCGGAGCACCAAGUCCCUGAGAAGCCAGGUCGCAGGGAGCUGCUGGUAGUCAAGGAACAUGAAGACAUUGUCUUGAGUGCCACAUUGGCCACACCCUCGGCGGCUGCGGUGGCCUGGCUGAAGGAUGGUGUGGAGAUUCGCCGCAGCAAGCGCCAUGAGAGUUGCAGUGUGGGUGACACCCACACCCUGACUGUGCACAGUGCACAAGUGCUGGACAGUGCAGUGUACACUUGCUGUGCGGCAGAGAGGCGCCAGGACUUCCCUGUGCAGGUGGAAGAAGUGGCUGCCCGGUUCUCCAAGCCGCUGGCGCCCCUCACAGCGGAACUGGGUGGCACGGUGACGCUGUCCUGCGAGCUGACUCCAGCGCAGGCGGAGGUGGUGUGGCGCCAUGGGGACAUGCAGCUGCGACCAGGCAAGAGGAUCCGGAUGACAGUGGAGGGAGAAGUGCGCUCACUGACCUUGUCAGGGUUGCGCGAAGAGGACACUGGAGAGUACACCUGCGCAAGCCGCGACGGGCACACAAGUGCUUACCUGGAUGUCCAAGCGCCUCGCGUAGUGAAGUUUACGUCGGCGCUGAACAUGGUGGUGGCUGAAGAGGGUGGCGAGGCCACCUUCGAGUGCGCAGUAUCGCCUGAGGAUGCAGAGGUCGCCUGGUUCCGGGAGGGCGUUCCGCUGCACUCUUGUGGGAAGUUCAUGGUGUCGCAAAGCGGCGCGUGCCGCUUCCUGACCGUGAAGCGCGUGGCCCUGGAAGACGCUGGCGAGAUCACUGCCUGCGCUGAGGGCGCCUCCUGCUGUGCGGCUCUGCGAGUUCGAGAGGCGCCGGUGCUGUUCCUGCGGAGGCUGGAGCCGCAGUCCGUGGAGGAAGGGAGCACCGUGACCAUGGAGGUGGAGCUGUCUCGGCCCUGGCCCCAGGUUCAAUGGACGCGAAAUGCCGCUGUCUUGGAACCGCGCGACAAUGUGGAGAUCCACGCCCAGGGUGUGCACCACCGCCUGGUGCUGUGCCGCGUGGGCUUCGCAGACCGUGGCUUCUAUGGCUGUGAGACACCAGAUGACAAGACACAAGCCAAGCUCACUGUGGAGAUGUGCCAGGUUGCCUUGGUUCGGGGCCUGCAGGCAGUGGAGGCCAAGGAACAGGGCACAGCCACCAUGGAGGUGCACCUGUCUCAUGCCAAUGUGGAGGGUGUUUGGACGCGGGACGGUGUUCGGCUGCAGCCAGGACCCACAUGUCACCUGGCUGUGAAUGGCCCGGUCCACAGCCUCACUCUCUCAGGGUUGCAGCCCCAGGACAGUGGGCUGGUGGCCUUCCGAGCGGAAGGUGUACAUACCUCAGCAAGGCUGGUGGUUAUUGAGCUACCUGUGACAUUCACCCGCCUGCUUCAGGAUGUGGUGGUGACCCAGAAGGAGAAGACAACACUGGAGUGUGAGCUGUCACGUCCCAACGUCACUGUGCGCUGGCUGAAGGAUGGCGUGGAGCUGCGGGCAGGCAAGGCCAUGGGCAUGACUGCCCAGGGCACCUGCAGGCGACUUGUUAUCUACUGCUGUGAGCUGGGGGACCAGGGCGUGUACAUGUGUGAUGCUGGUGGUGCUCAGAGCUCUGCCUCUGUCAGGGUACAAGGCCGAAAUGUCCAGAUUGUGAGGGCCCUGGAGGAUGUGGAGGUGACAGAGAAGGAGGGUGCCACAUUCUCCUGUGAGGUGUCCCACUGCGAAGUACCUGGCCAGUGGUUCUGGAAGGGCAGUAAGCUACGGCCAACUGACAACGUGCGCAUCCGCCAGGAAGGAAAGACAUAUACCCUCCUGUUCCGGAGGGUCUUGGUGGAAGAUGAAGGGGAGAUCAGAUUUGUAGCUGAAAAUGCAGAAUCUCGAGCCCAGCUCCGAGUGAAAGAACUGCCGGUGACCUUGCUGCGCCCACUGCGGGACAAGAUUGCCAUGGAGAAGCACCGUGGGGUGCUCGAGUGCCAGGUGUCCCGGGCCAGUGCCCAGGUGCGGUGGUUCAAGGGCGGCACUGAGCUGCAGCCAGGCCUCAAGUACGAGAUGGUCAGCGAUGGCCUUUACCGCAAGCUGGUCAUCCACAAUGUGCAGCCUGAGGAUGAGGACAUCUACAUCUGUGACGCUGGUGAUGUCAGGACCAGCGCCCAGUUCUUUGUGGAAGAGCAGUCUAUCACCAUCGUGCGGGGCCUGCAGGAUGUGACAGUGAUGGAGCCUGCGCCUGCUUGGUUUGAGUGUGAGACCUCCAUCCCCUCUGUGCGGCCACCCAAGUGGCUGCUGGGCAAGACGGUGCUGCAGGCAGGAGCGAAUGUGGGCCUGGAGCAGGAGGGCACGGUGCAUCGACUGGCGCUGCGGCACACCUGCUCCACCAUGACCGGGCCCGUGCACUUUACCAUUGGUAAGGCACGCUCCUCUGCUCAUCUAGUGGUCUCAGACAUCCCUGUCACACUGGUGCGGCCACUGGAGCCCAAGGCAGGCUGCGAGCAGCAGUCAGUGGUGCUGUCCUGUGACUUCCGACCAGCCCCCAAAGCUGUGCAGUGGUACAAGGACGCCACACCACUUGUCCCAUCUGAGAAGUUCAAGAUGGUGCUGGAAGGCCAGAUGGCUGAGUUACGCAUCCUGAGGCUUAGCCCUGCUGAUGCUGGUGUCUACAGGUGCCAGGCGGGAAGUGCAGAGACAAGCACCGAGGUCACCGUGCAAGCCCGGGAGGUGAAGGUGACACAGCCGCUGCAGGAUGCUGAGGUCACCGAGGAGGGCCAGGCCUGCUUCUGUUGUGAGCUGUCCCAUGAGGAUGAGGAGGUUGAGUGGUCACUCAAUGGGAUGCCACUGUACAAGGGCAGCUUUCAUGAGAUCACUCAUGAGGGCCAGCGCCACACACUGGUACUCAAAAGUGUCCGACUAGCAGAUGCCGGUGUGGUUUGUGCCAGCUCCCCAAAGGUGUCAGCCACGGCCCAGCUGGUGGUCCGAGCAAAGCCAGUUGUGUUCUUGAAGGCCCUGGAUGACAUGACAGUGGAGGAGCACGGCAUGUUGUCGCUGCAGUGUGAAGUGUCUGACCCCAAGGCCCACGUGGUGUGGUGCAAGGAUGGUGUGGAGCUGGGGCCCGGUGACAAGUAUGAUUUCAUGCACACAGCGGGCACUCAUGGCCUGGUGGUACAUGACCUAAGCCGUGAGGAUGCCGGCCUGUACACCUGCCGUGUGGGCAGCGAGGAGACACAGGCCCGGGUCAGCGUGCACGAUCUGCACGUGGGAAUCACCAAGAGGCUGAAGACAGUAGAGGUGCUGGAAGGGGAGACCUACAGCUUUGAGUGUGUGUUGUCCCAUGAAAACAUGGGUGACCCUGCCAUAUGGACAGUUGGUGGGAAGACGGUGGGCAGCUCUGGCCGCUUCAGGGCUAGAUGCCAGGGCCGAAAGUACACGCUGACAGUGCAGGAUGCUGCACUGGAUGACGCCGGAGAGGUGAUCUUCUCUGUGCGGGGCCUUACCUCCAAGGCCUCACUGCUUGUCAGAGAGAGGCCAGUGUCUAUUGUGAAGCUCCUGGAGGACCAGCAGGCUAUGAUAGGGGAGGACGUGGUGCUGAGCUGUGAGCUGUCACAGGCAGGUGCCCCUGUGCGCUGGCUGAAAGAUGGGAAGGCCAUCCGCAAGGGGCAGAAGUAUGACCUGCUCGGCGAAGGCACACGGGCCAUGCUGGUGGUGCGUGGUGCCUCGCUCAGGGACUCUGGCGAGUAUGCAUGUGAGACAGAUGCUGCCAAGAGCAUUGCCAGGCUUCAUGUGAAGGAAAAGGCAAACCGGUUUACAGAGGAGCUGACCAACCUGCAGGCCCAGGAGCAGGGCACUGCUGUAUUCACCUGUAAGACAGAGCAGCCGGCGGCCACUGUGACGUGGCGCAGAGAUGCCAUGGAGCUGCAGGCUUCAGGGAAGCAUGUGGCUAGCCAGGAGGGCUUGACCCUGAGGCUCACUAUCAGCGCCCUGGCACCAGCUGACAGUGGCAUCUACACCUGUGACAUUGGCCAGGCUCAGUCCCAAGCCCGCCUCCAAGUGCAAGGCCAGAGUGUGUGCAUUGCUGAGGACCUGAAGGAUGCCGAGGUGCAGGAAGGUGCCUCAGCCACUUUCUGCUGCCGCCUGUCCCCUGCUGACUAUGGCCCAGUGCGCUGGUUUCUGGAUCAGAUGCCCCUGCAUGCUGAUGGGCUCCAUGAAAUUGAGGCCCAGCCAGGGGGCUACCAUGUGCUCACCCUGCGGCAGCUGCAGCUCAAGGAUACGGGCACCAUCUACUUUGAGGCGGGUGACCAGCGUUCCUCUGCUGCUCUGCGGGUCACAGAGAAGCCGAGCAUCUUCUCCAGGGCACUAUCAGAUACCACAGUCGUGGAAGGGGAAGACCUGACUCUGUGCUGCGAGACCACUGCUCCAGACAGCCCCAUGCACUGGACCAAGGAUGGGAAGAUACUGCGGCCUUCCGCCCGGUGCCAGCUGAGCUACGAUGGUGGCCGUGCCAAGCUGGUUAUCACUGAUGUCAGCCUGCAGGACGGCGGGCGGUACAAAUGCGAGGCUGGCGGAGCCUCAAGUAGCGCUAUUGUCAGGGUCCAUGCUCGGCCAGUGCGGUUCCAGGAGGCCCUGAAAGAUGUAGAGGUGCCAGAGGGUGGUGCGGCUAAACUUCGCUGUGUGCUGUCAUCUGUGGCCACGCCCGUGGAGUGGCGUCAUGGGGAGGAUGUCCUGCGGUCUGGCAGUAAGUAUGGUCUACACCAGGAGGGCACUGUGUUGGAACUGGUCAUCCGGGACCUGCAGCCCCUGGACAGUGGCUACUACUCCUGUUCCUUUGGGGACCAGAAGACCUCGGCCAUGCUCACUGUGAAGGCUCUGCCGGCCCACUUCAUAGGAACGCUGAGAAACAAGGAGGCCACAGAAGGGGCCACAGUCACACUACAGUGUGAGCUGAACAAGGAGGCCACUGUGGAGUGGAGGAAGGGAACAGACAAGCUCAGAGAUGGUGACAGAUACAGGCUGAGGCAGCAUGGUGCCGUGUGUGGGCUGCAGAUCCGGGGCCUGGCCAUGGCGGAUGCUGGGGAGUACGCCUGUGUGUGUGGGCAGGAGAGGACCUCAGCCACACUGACUGUGAAGGCCUUGCCGGCCCACUUCAUAAGAAAACUGAGAAACAAGGAGGCCAUGGAAGGAGCCACCACCAUGCUGCAGUGUGAGCUGAACAAGGAGGCCACCGUGGAGUGGAGGAAGGGGGCAGAGACACUCAGAGAUGGUGACAGAUACAGGCUGAGACAAGAUGGUGCCAUGUGUGGGCUGCAGAUCCAGGGCCUGGCCAUGGCGGACGCUGGGGAGUACACGUGUGUGUGUGGGCAGGAGAGGACCUCGGCCACGCUGACUGUGAAAGCCCUGCCCGCCAAGUUCACAGAAGGUCUCAGGAAUGAAGAGGCCCCAGAAGGUGCCACGGCCACGCUGCGGUGUGUGCUGAGCAAAGAGACCCCUGUGGAGUGGAUGAAAGGGACAGAGGCCCUCAGAGACGGGGACAGAUACAGGCUGAGGCAAGGUGGCCCUGUGUGUGAGCUGCAGAUCCGGGCCCUGGCCAUGGUGGACGCUGGGGAGUACGUGUGUAUGUGCGGGCAGGAGAGGACCUCGGCCACACUGACUGUGAAGGCCCUGCCCGCCAAGUUCACAGAAGGUCUCAGGGAUGAAGAGGCCCCAGAAGGUGCCACGGCCACGCUGCGGUGUGUGCUGAGCAAAGAGGCCCCUGUGGAGUGGAUGAAAGGGACAGAGGCCCUCAGAGACGGGGACAGAUACAGGCUGAGGCAAGGUGGCCCUGUGUGUGAGCUGCAGAUCCGGGCCCUGGCCAUGGCGGACGCUGGGGAGUACGUGUGUAUGUGCGGGCAGGAGAGGACCUCGGCCACGCUGACCCUCAGGGCCCCCCAGGUGGUAUUCCGGGAGCCGCUGCAGAGCCUCCAGGCUGAGGAGGGUUCCACAGCCAGCUUGCGAUGUGAGCUAUCGAUGCCUGACAUCCCUGUGGUCUGGAGCAAGGGUGGCCUGGAGCUGCAGGCUGACAAGCGCCGGGAGCCAAAGCUGCAGGGCCACACUGCGGAGCUGGUGCUGCGGGACCUGCACCGUGAGGACGCGGGCGAGUACAGUUGCACCUGUGGGGCCCAGGCCACCAGUGCCACACUCACAGUCACAGCUGCACCUGUGCGGUUCCUGCGUGAGCUGCAGGCCCAGGAGGUGGUGGAGGGGGACACAGUGCACCUGCGUUGUGAGCUGAGCCGGGCAGGUGCCAGUCUGGAGUGGCGCAAGGAUGCCUUGCAGCUCUUCCCUUGUGCCAAGUACCAAAUGCUGCAGGAAGGCUUAGCUGCUGAGCUUCAGGUGUGUGGGGCGGAACCAGAGGACUCGGGUGACUACACGUGUGACACAGGCCACAUGCAGAGCACAGCACAUCUCGAAGUCCGAGCUCCUAAGCCCAGGUUCCAGUCCCGGCUGGAGAGUGUGGAGCAGGAAGCAGGUGGUGUAGCCAGGCUGUGUUGCCAGCUGAGUGAGGCAGAGCCUGAGUCCCCAGUGCAGUGGCUCAAGGAGGGUGUGGAGCUGCAUUCUGGGCCCAAGUAUGAGAUGCGGCGCCAGGGGGCCAUGUGUGAACUGCUUAUCCGAGGCCUGGAGGCCAAGGACACUGGAGAGUACGCAUGUGCAGCAGGUGGCCAGAAGACCUCGGCCUCCGUCAAGGUCAAUGAGCCCGAGGUGACCAUUGUGCGGGGACUGGUGGACACUGAGGCGCAGGCUGAUGCAGAUGUGGAGUUCAGCUGCGAGGUGUCAAAGGCUGGGGCCUCGGAUGUGCAGUGGCGCCUCCAGGGGUUGCCCCUGCAGAGCAACGAAGUGACAGAGCUGACUGUCCAGGAUGGCUGCACCCACAUCCUUCAGCUGAAGGGCGUGACCCUGGAGGAUGCCGGCACUGUCUCCUUCCACGUGGGCUGCCACACAUCUUCUGCCCAGCUCACUGUGCGAGCCCCCAAGGUGACCAUUCUGGAGCCCCUGAAGAAUGUGCAGCUCAGUGAGGGCCAGGAUGCUCACUUCCAGUGCCGACUGUCUAGGGCCUUGGGCCAGGAGGCCCGCUGGACCUUGGCUGGGGUGCCCUUGCAGGCCAAUGAGAUGAAUGACAUCACUGUGGAGCAGGGCACACUCCACUCACUCACCCUGCACAAGGUGACCCCCGAGGAUGCUGGAACUGUCACUUUUCAAGUGGGCUCUUGUAGCUCAGAAGCCCAGCUAACAGUGACAGAGGCAGCACUGUGCCUGGUUCGAGGCUUGGAGAAUGUGGAUGUCUUCGCAGGGGAGGUAGCCCUGUUCUCCUGUGAGGUGUCUCGUACAGGGGGGCCACAGGCCUGCUGGUGGCUGGAUGGCACCCUGCUGCAUGACAGCCCCCAGAGUGCCAUCACUGUGUGUGAUGGGACCAUCCACUCCCUCACACUCUCAGGCCUGGGGGUGGCCGACUCGGGCACCAUUACCUUCUGCGCUGGGCCCCUGGUGUCCACAGCCAAGCUGUUGGUCAAAGAUCCCACGGUGGAGGUGGUCAGUGCCAUGCGGGACCUGGUGGUGGAGGAGGGCAGCUCAGCUGAGCUCCUCUGCCAGUACUCACGGCCUGUGAAGGCCAUGUGGAAGAUGGACGAGCGGGAGGUGUGUGCAGAUGGGCAGCGUGUCAUCAUAGAGCAGGACUGGACCGUAGCCAGGCUCAUCUUCAGGCCGGCCCUGCCCUGUGACAGUGGCAUCUAUUCUUGUGAGGCCGCGGGCACCUGUGUGGUGGCACUGCUGCAAGUGCAAGCCAAGAACAUGGUGGUCCGAGGCCUGGAGAACGUGGAUGCACCCGAGGGGGGUGAGGCACUGUUUGAGUGCCAGCUGCUGCGACCAGAGGUGGCGGCACACACGUGGCUAUUGGAUGACCAGCCGGUGCGGACAUCAGAAAAUGCUGAGGUCGUCUACUUUGAGGGUGGCCUGCGCCACCUGCUGCUGCUCAAGAACCUGCGGCCACAGGAUAGCUGCCGGGUCACUUUCCUGGCCGGGGACGUGGUCACCUCUGCCUUCCUCACUGUCAGAGGCUGGCGUCUUGAGGUCCUUGACCCCCCUCAUGAUGUGAUGGUGCAGGCUGGUGGGCAGGCCCGCUUCUCCUGCACACUCAGUGAAGUGGUACCCGUGGGUGAGGCCACCUGGUAUCUCAACGGGGCGGCAGUGCUGGCAGAUGACUCGGAUUGGAAAGUGACCUCCGAUGGCAGUCACCAUGAUCUGUUGCUACUCCGUGCCUGUCCAUCCCACACUGGCGAAAUCACUUUUGCUGCCCGUGACGCAGUGGCCUCAGCAACACUGUCUGUGCUGGGACUCCCAGACCCCCCAGAGGAUGCUGAAGUUGUGGCACGCAGCAGCCAUGCAGUAACACUGUCCUGGGCAGCUCCCAUGAGUGACGGUGGUGGUGGUCUUUGUGGCUACCGGGUGGAGAUGAAGGAGGGGUCCACGGGCCAGUGGCAGCUAUGCCACGAGCUGGUGCCAGGGCCUGAGUGUGUGGUGGACGGCUUAGCCCCUGGGGAAACCUACCGCUUCCGUGUGGCAGCUGUGGGCCCAGCCGGUGCAGGGGAGCCUGUGCAUCUGCCCCAGAUGGUCCGGCUGGAGCCUGCUGAGCCUGGGCCUGCAGAUCUCAAGCCUCACAUGCCCAUGGCCCCUGAGGCCCGGCAGGUGGCAGCUGGUGAGGAUGUCUGUCUGGAACUGGAGGUGGCUGAGGCUGGGGAGGUUGUGUGGUGCAAGGGGACUGAGCACAUCCAGCCCAGUGGACACUUUGAGAUCAUCUCUCAUGGCCAGCGACAGAUGCUGGUGAUCAGGGACUUCAAGGCUGAAGACCAGGGAGAGUACUGCUGUAGUCCUUCCCGGGGCCUGGACACCACAGUGGCCACCUUCCAGGUGGCACUGAGCCCCAGCUCUGGAGAUGAGGCCCCCAUGCAGCCCAGCCUGCCCCCAGAGGCAGCCCAGGAGGGAGACUUGCACCUGCUCUGGGAGGCACUGGCCCGGAAGCGCCGCCUGAGCCGCGAGCCCACACUGGACUCCAUCAGUGAGCUGCCCGAGGAGGACAGCCGCAUGCGGAGCCUGCAGCAGGAGGCAGAGGAGGUGGCACCUGACCUCUCUGAGGGUUACUCCACGGCAGACGAGCUAGCUCGCACUGGAGAGGCUGACCUCUCACACACCAGCUCGGAUGAUGAGUCUCGGGCAGGCACACCCUCCUUGGUGACCUACCUCAAGAAGGCUGGCAGGCCUGGGGCCCCCGUUCCAGCCAGUAUGCUUGGGCCCCUUGCUGCCCCCUCUGUGAAGCCCCAGAGACAGUCAGAGCAGCCCACCACUGUGUGUUCACCUCCGGGAGACUCUAGUGCUGAGGGUCUGGGCGACCCCCCCAUGGACAAGGCGGCUGUGAAGAUCCAGGCUGCCUUCAAGGGCUACAAGGUCCGCAAGGAGAUGAAGCAGCAGGAAGGGCCUGUUUUCUCCCACACCUUUGGGGACACGGAAGCACAGGUGGGUGAUAACCUGCGGCUGGAGUGUGUGGUGGCCAGCAAGGCAGAUAUUCAGGCCCGCUGGUUGAAGGAUGGCAUGGAGCUGACAGAUGGGCGACACCACCACAUUGACCAGCUUGGGGAUGGCACCUGCUCUCUGCUGGUCACUGGCCUGGGGCACACGGAUGCUGGCCACUACACAUGUCAGGUGAGCAGCAAGUUCGGCCAAGUGAGCCAUAGUGCCUACGUGGUAGUCAGUGGCACGGAGAGUGAGGCUGAGAGCUCCUCAGGGCCUGAGCUGGAUGAAGCCUUCCGCCGGGCCACACGGCGCCUGCACUGGCUCUUCCGCACCAAGGGCCCGGCUGAGGUUUCAGACGAGGAGCUCUUCCUCAGUGCAGACGAGGGCCCUGCAGAGCCCGAGGAGCCUGAUGGGCAGACUUACCGUGAGGAUGAACAUUUCAUCUGCAUCCGCUUUGAAGCCCUUGAAGAGGCCCGUCGGGCUGCCACCUGCUUUCAGGACAUGUUCACCAGUAUGGGCACCCAGGUGGACAUCAGCCUCAUGGAGCAGGGGCCUCGGGUGGUGGAAAUGCACAUUCGCAAGGCAGCGCCUUUCCCUGCCAUGCCCCUGGAGCCAGCGCCUGGCCUGCUGCCCUCUAAUGCUGCCCCUAUGUUCCUGACGGAGCUGCAGAACCAAGAGGUGCAGGAUGGGUACCCUGUGAGCUUUGACUGCAUGGUGAUAGGCCAGCCCUUGCCCAGUGUGCGCUGGUUCAAGGAUGGGAAGUUGCUGGAGGAGGACGACCACUACAUGAUCAAUGAGGACCAGCAGGGUGGCCACCAGCUCAUCAUAACCGCCGUGGUGCCCACAGACAUGGGUGUCUACCGUUGCCUCGCUGAGAACAGCGUAGGCGUCUCCUCUACCAAGGCUGAGCUCCGCGUAGAGUUGACCAGCACAGACUACGAUACUGCAGCCGAUGCCACAGAGACCUCGUCCUACUUCAGCGCCCAGGGAUACCUGUCCAGCCGGGAACAGGAGGGCACAGAGUCAGAUGAGGGGCAGCUGCCUCAGGUGGUAGAGGAGCUGAAGGACCUGCGGGUGGCUGUAGGCACACACCUGGCUAAGUUUCAACUCAAGGUGAAAGGCUACCCAGCCCCCAGGUUGUACUGGUUCAAGGAUGGUCAACCCCUGACCCCAUCUACCCAUGUCCGCAUGACCAAUAAGAAGAGCUUGCACACAUUGGAGAUUGUUACGAUCACCCGGGAGGACACUGGCCAGUACUCAGCCUAUAUCAGCAAUGCCAUAGGCGCUGCUUACUCAUCAGCCCGGCUGCUGGUCUGUGGGCCUGAGGAGCCAGAGGAGAAGCUGGCCUUAGAUGUUCAUGAGCAGCUGGUUCCACCUCGGAUCCUGGAGAAAUUCACCCCCAAGAAGGUGAAGCAAGGUUCCAGCAUCACGUUUUCUGUGAAGGUAGAAGGCUGCCCAGUCCCCACUGUGCAUUGGCUCCGGGAGGAAAUGGAGAGGGGUGUGCUGUGGAUCAGUCCCUGCACUCCAGGCUACACAAUGGCCAGCUCGGGACAGCAGCACAGCCUGGUCCUGCUGGAUGUGGGCCCGCAGCACCAGGGCAUCUACACCUGCAUUGUGUCCAGCGCUGCCGGCCAGGCUCUGUGCUCUGCUAGUCUGCAUGUCUCUGGCCGGCCCCGGGAGGAGGAGCCAGAGAAAGCCAAGGCAGCCCUCAUCUCCUCUUUCCUGCAGGGGACCACUCAAGCCAUCUCUGCACAGAUGUCAGAGUCUGUGGGUGUCACCAGCCCAGCCGGGCAGAGGAAAGGGGAGGCCCUGGUGCCCGAGGAAGCACGUGGCCACCUGUGCCUUGCCGAAGUGGGCACAGAGGAGUUCCUGCAGAAGCUCACCUCACAGAUCACUGAGAUGGUGUCUGCUAAGAUUACACAGGCUAAGCUUCAGGUGCCUGGAGGUGACAGUGAUGAGGAGUCCAAGACUCCAUCUGCAUCCCCCCGGCAUGGCAGGUCACGGCCCUCAUCCAGUGUGCAGGAGUCCUCCUCAGAGUCCGAGGAUGGGGACUCCCGUGGUGAGAUCUUCGACAUCUACAUGGUCACUGCCAACUACCUGCCUCUGGGGGCUGAACAAGAUGCCAUCGUGCUUCGGGAGGGGCAGUAUGUAGAGGUGCUGGAUGCUGCUCACCCACUGCGCUGGCUUGUGCGCACCAAGCCCACCAAGUCCAGCCCCUCCCGGCAGGGCUGGGUGUCACCCGCCUACCUGGACAAGAGGCUCAAGCUGUCACCGGAGUGGGGUCCCCCUGAGACCCCUGAGUUCCCUGGGGAGGCCAUGUCUGAAGAUGAGUAUAAGUCAAAGCUCAGUACUGUCAUCCGGGAGCUGCUCACUUCGGAACAGGAGUUUGUGGGCGAGUUGCACUUCCUCCAGAGCCACCAUAUGCAGCAUCUGGACCGCUGUCCCCAUGUCCCCACGGCUGUGGCCAGCCAGAAGGAGGUCAUCUUCCGCAAUGUGCAGGACAUUGGCCGCUUCCACAGCAGCUUCCUAAAGGAGCUGCAGUGCUGUGACACAGAUGAUGAUGUGGCCAUGUGCUUCAUCAAGAACCAGGAGGCCUUUGAGAAGUACCUGGAGUUCCUGGUGGGCCGGGUGCAGGCUGAAGCCGUGGUUGUCAGCACUCCAGUGCAGGAGUUCUACAAGAAGUAUGUGGAGGAAAUGCUGCCGGCCAAGGACCCCGCACAGCCCCCACCACUCCCGUUGCAGCACUACCUGGAACAGCCGGUGGAGCGUGUACAGCGCUACCAGGCAUUGCUGAAGGAGCUGAUCCGAAACAAGGCCCGCAACCGGCAGAACUGUGCGCUGCUAGAGCAAGCCUAUGCCGUGGUGUCCGCACUGCCACAGAGAGCGGAGAACAGGCUGCACGUGUCUCUCAUGGAGAACUACCCUGGCACCCUAGAAGCUCUUGGGGAGCCCAUUCGCCAGGGCCACUUCAUUGUGUGGGAGGGAGCCCCGGGAGCCCGGAUGCCCUGGAAGGGCCACAACCGCCACGUCUUCCUCUUCCGCCAUCACCUGGUAAUCUGCAAACCCCGGCGGGACUCACGCACUGACACCUUCAGCUAUGUGUUCCGCACCAUGAUGAAGCUAAGCAGCAUCGACCUGAAUGACCAGGUGGAGGGGGAUGACCGUGCCUUCGAAGUGUGGCAUGAGCGUGAGGACUCUGUACGCAAAUACCUGCUGCAGGCACGGACAGCUGUCAUCAAGAGCUCGUGGGUGAAGGAGAUCUGUGGCAUCCAGCAGCGCCUGGCCCUGCCCGUGUGGAGUGCCCCAGAGUUUAAAGAGGAGCUGGCUGACUGCACAGCUGAGCUGGGUGAGACAGUGAAGCUGGCCUGCCGUGUGGUGGGCACCCCAAAGCCUGUGGUCAGCUGGUUCAAAGAUGGGAAACCGGUGGAGGUGGAUCCUCACCACAUCCUCAUUGAAGACCCUGAUGGCUCAUGUGCCCUCAUCCUGGACACCCUCACAGGAGUGGACUCCGGCCAGUACAUGUGCUUUGCAGCCAGUGCCGCCGGCAGUGCUAGCACCCUGGGGAAGAUCCUGGUGCAAGUCCCACCGCGGUUUGUGAACAAGGUUUGGGCUGGGCCCUUUGUGGAGGGCGAGGAUGCCCAGGUCACCUGCACCAUCGAGGGUGCCCCAUACCCUCAGAUCAGAUGGUACAGGGAUGGGGCUCUGCUGAGCCCAGGCAGCAAGUAUGGGAUGCUGAGCGAGCCCCGCAGCGGGAUGCUACUGCUGGUGAUCCGGGCGGCCGGCCGUGAGGACCUGGGGCACUAUGAGUGCGAGCUGGUGAACAGGCUGGGCACAGCCCGGGGCGGUGCUGAGCUGAGCACGCAAAGUCCUGUGCUUCGGGCCCAGGACCAGCAGCACAGGGAGCCACUCAUGGCUGCUGUGGAAGAGGCUGCCUCGGAGGACUCUGCCCACCUCACCCCUGAUGGAGCCAGCCAGGAGGUGACACCUACUCUGAUGCCAGGCCUCUCUGAAGGGGCCGCCACUGUUCCUAGCUCUCCUGAGCCACCUGCAUCCCUGGGGGCUGGGCCUCAGCCUUCAGGUGUGGGAGCCUCAGGUGUAGCCGCCAACCUCCCAGAAGGCCUGGAGUGGGAGCUGGCAUCCACUGAAGGGGCUCAGGGACAGACAGUGCCCAUCCGGGUGGAGGACACAGCCCAGCUGAUGGCUGGGCCAGGGCAGCGGCUUUGGGAUGCCCACAGCCGUGUGGUCACUGAGGAGGCCGCACAGAGGACCUAUGUGCACCAGGCCACCGACAUGAGCAUUGCAAGGCCCCCAUCCAUGCAAGUUACCAUUGAGGAUGUGGAGGUCCAGGCAGGUGGCACUGCACUGUUUGAGGCUGUCAUUGAGGGCAACCCACAGCCCACAGUGACCUGGUAUAAGGACGGCUUCCAGCUGGUGGAUAGUGCCCGGCUCCAGCAGCGGCAGGAUGGAACCUUGUGUUCCCUGGUACUGAUGGACACAACCCAGGGGGAUGCUGGUGUCUACACUUGCAUAGCCCACAACACUGGUGGGCAGGUGCUCUGCAAGGCAGAGCUGCUGGUCCUUGUGGGUGACAAUAAGCCAGCCUCUGAGAAGCAGAGCUGCCGGAGAAAGCUGCAGUCCUUCUACGAGAUCCAGGAGGAGAUCGGGAGGGGUGUAUUCAGCUUUGUGAAGAGGGUGCAGCACAAGGGAAACAAGAUGUCCUGUGCCGCCAAGUUCAUCCCCCUGCGGAGCAGGACACGCACCCAGGCCUACCAGGAGCGGGACAUCCUUGCCACCAUCAGCCACCCACUGGUCACUGGGCUGCUGGACCAGUUUGAGACGCGGAAGACCCUCAUCCUCGUCCUGGAGCUGUGCUCGUCUGAGGAGCUGCUGGAUCGCCUCUUCAAGAAGAGUGUGGUGACCGAGGCUGAGGUCAAGGUCUACAUCCAGCAACUGGUGGAGGGGCUGCAGUAUCUGCACAGUCAUGGCAUCCUCCACCUGGACAUCAAGCCUUCCAACAUCCUAAUGGUGCAUCCUGCUCGUGAAGACAUUAAAAUCUGUGACUUUGGCUUUGCCCAAAAACUCACACCUUUGGAGCCGCAGUACAGCAAAUUUGGCUCCCCUGAGUUCGUGUCCCCUGAGAUCAUCCGGCAGGCACCCGUGAGCACGGCCUCCGACAUCUGGGCCGUGGGGGUCAUCUCUUACCUCAGCCUAACCUGCUCAUCCCCAUUCGCGGGUGAGAGUGACCGUGCCACUCUUCUGAAUGUGCUUGAGGGACGGGUAUCCUGGAGCAGCCCCACAGCAGCCCACCUCAGUGCAGAUGCCCAGGAUUUCAUCCAGGCCAUGCUGCAGCAGGCCCCCGAGGCCCGGCCCAGCGCUGCACGUUGCCUUACCCAUCCUUGGCUCCUGACGUCCAUGCCUGCUGAGGAGGCCCACUUCAUCAACACUAAGCAGCUCAAGUUCCUCCUAGCCCGCAGCCGCUGGCAGCGCUCCCUGAUGAGCUACAAGUCCAUCCUGGCCAUGCGGUCCAUCCCUGAACUGCUCCAUGGCCCACCUGACAGCCCAUCCCUUGGCAUGGCCCGGCACCUUCACCCGGAUGCCAGCGGCUCCUCCAGCUCCUCCGCCUCUUCAGACCUUGAGCUGGCACCCUUUGCCCGGGCCAGGUCGCUGCCACCCUCCCCUACAACCCACUCCCCACUGCUGCAGCCCCGGGGCUUUCUGCGGUCCUCAGCCAGCCUGCCUGAAGAGGCUGAGGCCAGUGUGACCCUUGAAGGAUCCCUGGAGGAACUAUGCCCACCAGGUGUGGGGCCCCCACCUCCCAGCUGUGUGCCCCGGCACAGCGUCAUCCGCAGCCUGUUUUACCAGCAGGCAGGGGAGGGCCCUGAGCAAGGGGCUGCAGCCCCAGGGGGCAGGCGGCAUGGGGCACGACGUCGGCACCUGCUGAAGGGCGGGUACAUUGCACGGGCCCUGCCCGGGCUGCGGGAACCGCUCCUGGAGUACCGUGUGCUGGAGGAGGCCGCUGCCGAGGAGGAGCAGGCCGCAGUGACCCGGGCAAUCUCCUUUGAGUCCACCCUGUGGCAGCCCAGCCUCAGUACCCGUGAGGCCCCAGGCUGCAGCCGCUCCCUAGACCAGGACCCAUCCAGCACCCAAGACCUACCUCCAGGAGCCUGCAUCGGAGGACUGUGUCCAUCCUCAGUCCUGUCUGGGCCAACUCAUGGGGCCUCUGCUGGGGAUGCUGCACACCCCAGGGGAGCUGGGCCACUUCCAUCUGCUGGUGGAGACUGGGGACACACUACACAGGAUGGGCCACCACAGGAAAGCUAUAGAGGAUGCUCCUGCCCUGCUGGUCCCCCAAAGCUGGGUGAUCCUCCCCAGAAAGACUGUGGCUUACCCUCAACACAGCUGCCCGGUGCCACGACCCCAGGCCUUACCUCUGCAAGUCCCCAGCCCAGCACCCAGGGACCCCACGACACCUCCCUACCUGGGAGACCCUGUCCUGACCUCUCCCUGUAUGGUGAAGGCUUGACCCAGCAAGCAGAGGGUCCACCAGACUCCACACCCCCUCUACAGCGGCCCCAGGAGCAGGCAACCACCCGGAAGUUCUCCUUGGGGUCCCGGCGAGGGGGCUAUGCGGGUGUAGCUGGCUAUGGAACCUUUGCCUUUGGUGGGGAUGCUGGAGGCAUGCUGGGCCAGGGUCCCCUAUGGGCCAGGAUGGCUUGGUCAGUGUCCCAGUCCUCGGAGGAACAGGAGGAGGCCAUAGCUGAGAACUCCCAGUCCCAGACUAGCUGGGGUUCCCUGAGGGCCUCCCCAGAGCUGCCCUUAUGGAAGGAGGCAGAUCAGGUCUCCUUGGUGCAGAUUCAGGACCUGUCGGGGGAUGUGGAGGCAGCUGACACCAUAUCCCUGGACAUUUCUGAGGUGGACCCUGCUUACCUCAACCUCUCUGACCUGUAUGACAUCAAGUACCUCCCAUUUGAGUUCAUGAUCUUCAGGAGGGUUCCCAAGUCCUUGGAGCUGGUGGAGCCACCAUCCCCAGAGAUGGAGACUGAGGAGGAGCUGGCCGGGUUCCCGGAGGCUACGUGGCCUUGGCCAGGCCAUCUGGGCCUGCAUGCUGGCCUUGAGAUCACCGAGGAGGGGCCUGAUGACCUGGCAGCCCUUCUGGGAGAGGCAGCCAUGGGCAGGAAGCGCAAGUGGUCGCCCUCACGGAGCCUCUUCCCGUUCCCGGGAGGCUGUCUAUCACCAGAAGAGCCCCCAGAGCAUGGGCUGCGUCAGAGGGUGAAGGAGUCCAUGGCUCAUAUCUCCCGCAUCCUGAAAGGCAGGCAGCAAGGUCAUGAGAGGGAAGAGCCCCCCAGGAAGAAAACAAACCUAGUAUCCUUCCGGCUGUCAGGCCUAAAAAGCAGGGACCACGCACCAAUCUUCCUGAGGGAGCUCACAGAUGAGGCUGUGGUCCUCGGCCAGUCAGUAACACUGGCCUGCCAGGUGUCGGCCCAGCCAGCUGCCCAAGCCACCUGGAGCAAAGAUGGGGCUACUGUGGAGAGCAGUGGACGCAUCCUCAUCUCUUCUACCCUGAAGAACUUUGAGCUACUGACCAUACUGGUGGUGAUGGCUGAGGACCUGGGCGAGUAUACCUGCAGCAUGAGCAACCUGCUGGGGACAGCGGCCAGCAGGGGUGUCCUCCGGAAGGCAGAAUGCCCCUCUACCUCCCCGCGCCCUGACAUUGGAGAGGUGUACGAAGACAAGGUGCUGCUGGUCUGGAAGCCUGUGGAGUCCUGUGGCCCUGUAACAUACAUUAUACAGUGCUGUGUGGAAGGUGGCAGCUGGACCACACUGGCCUCUGAUGUCUUCGACUGCUGCUACCUCACCAGCAAGCUGCCCCGGGGUGGUAUCUACACCUUCCGCACGGCAUGCGUCAGCAAGGCAGGCAUAGGCCCCUACAGCAACCCCUCGGAGCAGGUCGUCUUGGGAGGGCCGAGCUGCCUGGCUUCGGAGGAGAGUGGUGGGGGGAGGCUGGUCCAGCCCUUGCCCAGGACCAAGACCUUCGCCUUCCAGAUGCAGAUCCGGAGGGGACGCUUCAGUGUGGUACGACAGUGCCGAGAGAAGUCCAGUGGCCGGGCACUGGCUGCUAAGAUUGUCCCCUACCAGCCUGAGGACAAGACAGCAGUGCUCCAGGAAUAUGAGUCCCUCAAGAGACUGCGCCACCCACACCUGGCCCAGCUGCAUGCUGCUUACCUCAGCCCUCGGCACCUGGUGCUCAUCUUGGAGCUGUGCUCAGGACCGGAGCUGCUCCCCAGCCUGGCUGAGAGGGCUUCCUACUCAGAGUCCCAGGUGAAGGACUACCUGUGGCAGAUGCUGAGUGCUACCCAGUACCUGCAUGCCCAGCACAUCCUGCACCUGGACCUGCGGUCCGAGAACAUGAUGAUCACAGAGUACAACCUGCUUAAGGUUGUGGACCUAGGCAGUGCCCAGAGCCUCCACCAGGAAAAGGUGCUGCCUGCUGAGAGUUUCAAGGACUACUUGGAGACCAUGGCCCCAGAGCUCCUGGAUGGGCACGGGGCUGUUUCGCAGACGGACAUCUGGGCCAUCGGUGUGACAGCCUUCAUCAUGCUGAGCGCGGAGUACCCGGUGAGCGGCGAGGGGACCCGCGAGCUGCAAAAGGGGCUGCGCAAGGGGCUCAUCCGGCUGAGCCGCUGCUACGCCGGGCUAUCGGGCGGUGCCGUGGCCUUCCUUCGGAGCGCGCUAAACGUCCAGCCCUGGGCGCGGCCAUGCGCCUCCGGUUGCCUUCAGAGCCCCUGGCUGACGGAGGAAGGCCCGCCUGGCGCGCGGCCUGCGCCGGUGACCUUUCCCACCGCGCGGCUGCGCGCCUUCGUGCGCGAGCGCGAGAAGCGGCGAGCGCUGCUGUACCGGAAGCGUCACCUGGCGGCAGCGCGCUGACAGCCCGGCACGCCUCGGACGCGCAGCCCGAGCGUCUCUGUCGUUCCGCCUGGCUAGGACGACAUCUUUGUCACUGCCCGCAAAUAAAAGGAGGAGAGG